CAGAAAACAGCAUUGAGAAAUUGAAAGAUGUUGAAAUGGAUCGACUGAGUCCAUCGUUGGAAGAGAACGGCAAUAGCUUUAGCUGCAGCAACAUCAAUGAUAGCGGCGAACCAGAAGACGAAGAGGACGGAGAUAUCGGUGAGGCUGAUGAGGCGGUAGAGGAGGAAAUGGAAGAAGAAGUAGAAGAGGAAGAGGAAGAAGAGGAAGAAGCAGAAGCAACAAUGGAAGAAGAGGAAGAGGAGGAGGAAGAAGAAAGGGAGGAGGCAGAGAGUGAGGAAAUGGGUGAUGAGGAGACACACAGGGUUAGCAGCCCGAAACGGAUGCUUGUCUCCACUUUGGAGAACAGCGACAACAACAACAACAACAAUAAUAAUAAUAAUAAUAAUAAAAAUAAAAAUGAUAAUCAUAAUAACAAUAAGAAUGGUAAUGGCAUUAAGAUGAGGUUUACAACACAAUCGCAUGACAGGAAUCUGAUGAGAAGCAACAAAAUAGAAAUGCCAUUGUCUUUACCUGAUCCACACAAACUCUAUUUGAAACAGCCCCUGCUGCAGCAACAGCAGAGGCAACACCAGCUGCUGUCGUCCAAAUAUCACAAAUCACAAGAGAUGAUUGAUUGUUUGAACAGCCGACCUGGCAGUAAAGGUAGCGGAAGGAUCAUGGCACCCGGCGGCACGACGGCACGAGGUGUUGGGAGGGGAAGUGGUGCAAACAUGUCCAGUGGUGGCACGGGGUGUGGACGAGGUCGUGGCAUCACGCUGAACAUGUUGAUGAAGGACGGCGUCAUUGAGUCCGGUGGAGGUUGUCUCUCUUUGGAAUACUUGGGAAAGAAAUUUGCUGCUGACCUUCUUCCAAACGGUAAGAUCAGGUGGCAAGAAAAUAAUGAAAUUUUCAACUCACCAAGUGCCUGGGCUAGUCACUGCAAAAAGCUGGUCAAUCCUUCCAAAAAGUCUGGCUGUGGCUGGGCAUCGAUCAAAUACAAAGGCAGGAAGUUAGUUUCCUGGAAAUCACUUUGGUGUCGAAAGCAGCGACAGAAUGGCAAUAUCUGUGACAAUCUGGUGCCUCUGCUGGAUGAUUCUUCUAACAUUAUGAAAACCAAUCGAAAUUCCAAAGACUUGUUCCAUAAAGUGCCUGAAUUUGAAGUGGAACGAAGAACUACAUUGAAACCCCCUUUGCCCGCACAUAUAGGGCAUAAACCUAUAACCAAUGGUAAAACCAAAAAACAUGUCGACUGGAGCCACAGUGAUAUUCAAGAGGAAGCCUUGAACCUUUCGUUAAAGGGAAUUAAAGAAGAAAGUCACAAAAUACAGAAGUUCUCACCAUCCCAACAAUGUCACCACCAGCAGCAGCAGCAGCAGAAAGUGCAACUGUCUCCCCCACCACCGCUUCAACAACAACCACAACCAAAACAUCAACAACACAGUCAACAACCGCACCGCCAGAAAGUUCAGCUGUCUCCACCGCCAACACUACCACCACCACCAGCGCUACAGCAACAACAACACAAUCAGAAAACACAGCACCAGAAAGUUCAACUGUCACCACCACUACCACCACAGCAACAACAACAACAACAGCAGCAGCAGCAUCAUAGUCAUCAAACACAUCAGCAGAAGAAAGUCUCCCCAUCGCCAAAACACAGUCACCAAACACAAAAACUAGAGAAACCCGAAAUUAUUAACACUUCCCAUCCAAGGUUCCCUUUGGUCAAACAUUCCAAUCUCCUGGACAGAAAUGCUGAACAAGAUCCAAACACAUUAGUUGAGUGUGAAACAUUUGAAGCUUAUGGCAAGUUCCAACCGUUUAGUGUGUCUGUCACAACAAACUCCAUGUUUCUCAUAGAUUUCCACUGCCACUUGACAAGUAGUGAAGUAUUGGGAUAUUUGGCCGGUAAAUGGGACCAGAACACACAACAUCUGAAUAUUCUACAAGCAUUCCCAUGUCUGAGUAGAUUAGGGGACAAAGAAAAUGCUCCUUUAAUUGAGGCUGAGAUUCGACAUCGAAUGAACAAAUCUGGUUUGUCCCUGGUUGGUUGGUACCACAGUCAUCCCCAUCGUUCUGCCAGUCCAACUCUACGGGACAUUGACUGCCAAAUGACAUAUCAACUGAAGAUGAAGGGUGUGGGAUCCGUAUACCAUCCUUGUUUAGGUUUCAUCAUUGCUCCCUAUAAUAAGAGUUCGAAGAAGAAAGAAUCGACUUUCCGAGCUUUCUGGGUAAUGCCACCCCUUGUAGAGCAACCUUUGGAUUAUGGAAUUCCUAUGGAAAUUCAGUUUUCUAUCUACCAGAAUCCAUCAUUAACUGAAGAACUGCUAUCAGAAAUGAAAGCUUUGGUGGAUUUCUACAAAGGUUCUCCGGAUGUUGUCCGUUUUUCAAGCAUUUGGCACCAAUCAGUGACAUACUUAGACAAAGUAAAGUGGUCCCUCCUGACCAAAUUGCCUCAAGACCAAGAUGAAAAUAGCUCUACUUUAGAAUUUGUCCGUUCCUUACUGCUGGGGCUCCGUGUUUGAAAGGAAAGACACCAUCACACACACACACACACCAAAAGGAACGAAAACUUGACAGAGGAUUGGAUUAAGAUUAAAAUAUAAAUUUUCCUUUAUUUGAAGAAUCCUUCAAAAGACUAUUGGGUUAAAACAUAAUUAUUAUUCCUGUAUUUAAAAGUGACUCAAAGACCAAGGAAACAACACCAGAUCAGAAUAUUUAUUUGUCACACGUUCUCAAAAAAAAAAAUAAUAAUAAUAAUAAUUAUAAUGAUAAUUAAUUUUAAAAAGUUAAAAAAAACUAUUGAGAACAUUUUGUUGGAUAAUAUUGAAUAUUCCAUUCCAAUAUCUCUGAGUUGUGGAAUAACAUUUGACAUUAAUGAAUGGCAUGUAUAGAGAGACCCCCACAGUUUAGCAACAGACAUAGCAUGGUAUCUAUGAUGUUAUUAUUAUAGAAAUGUUGUGGAAUUUGAAAUACAAAACCAUUAAUAAAUUUAGCAAUAUUUAUGA